GCCCGCCGCAUCUCAACAGUUGGCGUUGGUCUCCGAAAGUCCAAGCUUCGCAUCAUCCGACUUGAGCAGAGAGCUUGCGGAAUCCUCGAACAAACUUACCGAUAUCUCAAAGAAACGUGGAAGAAAUUGAUAAAAAGAAGAAGGAAAAAAAAAAGGAAAACAAACAUUCAAAUCGAUCGCUCGAACACCGAUUGCAGAGAAUUUCAACGGUUUGUAGAAAAGCUGAGACAAAACAAACACAUAGAUUGAACACGAUCUUGAAUAAGAUCGUUUGUCUUAUCAGUAAGAUAUUAAUUUUAUUUGCCCGCGCUUAUGGUUAAAUUCUUAUAAUCUCGAAAAUUUCGUCAAAAAUUUAAAUCGAUCGAAGGAUCCAGAAAUCGAUGGAUUCGCGGUGUAUGAAAAUCGGUGAUAAGCUAGACUUGUGAUUAUUUUUGGUAUCACGCCGCGAGCGUUAAUAAUUCUUUUGUUAUAAACAGCGGUAAAAAUUGGCGAUAAUUAUCGAUUCAACGGAGAAAAGUAAAUUUGCAAUUAACUGAGAGAAAAACAGAUACCGAGAUACAAAGGUAAGGCGGGGGAAGUGAGUAGAGUCGAAGAAGAAGAAGAAGAAGAAUAAAAGAAGGAAAAAAAAUUACUAGCAACAAAUAGUCGAGCAGACGCGAUGCCAGUUGUGUAAACUGAAAAAGGUGCCGUGCGGUGCCGUUGAUAACUUGAUGGCCGAUUCGUCGGGAACGGUGCACGUGAUAUUGAAAUUUCCAAUGCUACAACCCCCAUCGCCGCUUUUGGAGAUGGCAUCUCUUCGUCUGCCGGAUUCCGAGGAGUUUGACAUAGACACGCGACACAGAACGAACGGUAACCAGGUGGUCCCGAGUAACACGACCUCGGCAACGACGAUUUCGGGCGCGAUACUAUCGAGCACCCAUUUGACCACGCAACCGGGCAACAACGACCUCUUCGCAAAGGUGAGGAACGAGCUCCAGGAGUACGUCGGCAACUCUCUGGUAGACCUUGUCACAGCCCCGAGUCCGGCAGGUUCAACGAUGGAGGAAUCGCCGGUUGGUUUCCUGAACGCGAGCGGAUCCGCGAACCUCUCGAGUGAUCGGCUUCCGGAUCUCUUUUACAGGCACAGCAUGGCCAUGACAGCCGUUUACUGUGUCGCCUACAUGCUUGUGUUUGUUAUUGGAUUAAUCGGUAACAGUUUUGUGAUCGCUGUGGUUUAUCGAUCGCCGAGGAUGAGGACCGUCACCAACUUCUUCAUCGUUAACCUCGCCGUCGCCGAUAUACUCGUCAUCGUCUUCUGCCUACCAGCUACGCUGAUGAGCAACAUCUUUGUCCCAUGGAUCCUGGGCUGGUGGAUGUGCAAAACCGUACCUUACAUCCAAGGCGUUUCGGUUGCGGCUUCGGUCUACAGUCUCGUCGCUGUGUCGUUAGACAGGUUCCUGGCCAUUUGGUGGCCGCUGAAGUGUCAAAUAACGAAGCGAAGGGCUCGCAUGAUGAUCGUGGUGAUCUGGUUCAUCGGUCUGACGGCGACGCUGCCGUGGCUGCUGUUCUUCGACCUGGUCGUGAUAUUCAGCUACGCGCCGGACGUCCAGCUCUGCCUCGAAGUCUGGCCGGAGCCGUUGGACGGAUCGCUGUUCUUCCUGAUAGGAAACCUGAUGCUGUGCUACGUCCUGCCGAUGAUCCUGAUAUCCAUGUGCUACGUCCUGAUAUGGAUAAAGGUGUGGAAGCGUCACAUACCGAACGACACGAAGGACGCCCAGAUGGAGAGGAUCCAGCAGAAGUCGAAGGUGAAGGUGGUCAAGAUGCUGGUCGUCGUGGUCAUCCUCUUCGUCCUCUCCUGGCUUCCCCUCUACAUAAUAUUCGCCCGCAUAAAGCUCGGCGGUCAGAUAGACGAGUGGGAGGAAGAGAUCCUCCAGAUAGCGACGCCCAUCGCUCAGUGGUUGGGUUCGAGCAACUCUUGCAUAAAUCCGGUCCUCUACGCCUUCUUCAACAAGAAGUACCGCCGCGGUUUCAUGGCGAUCCUGAAGAGCGGUCGGUGCUGCGGAAAGCUCCGCUACUACGAGACCGUGGCGAUGAUAUCCUCCUCAACCAGCAUGCGGAAGUCCUCUUACUACGUGACCAACAACAACUCCUCGACGAGGAGAGCGGCCGCCGCUCACGGACCGCCGGUUCACCAGGACAGCAACGUCUCCUACAUCUUCAAUCACACCGGCGUUUAAGCCUCGGUGAAACGGGCAGGCGAACUGACGAGAAUGGAAAACGAUUUAUCGAAAAUUAAAGACGAGGAGACGAUUCGCUGAAAUCGAGCCGAUUUCCGCCUUCUCGAGUUUAUUGGCUUGAACGAACCCCGAGGAUGUACCCGGGGCUCAUUGGAAGGCUGGUCCGAAGAUUGUGUGCUUCGAUCACCCUGUCGUGGUCGGUUGGUUUGUUCUCGGUCCAGAUAUCUCGACGAGCUGUUAUUGUCGGCUUCGAAACGAGCCCGAAACGAAAAUGGUUAAUCAGAUUUUCGCAUCACGAUAACGACAACGACAACAACAAAAGUAAGGAUCGCACCUACCGGCGAGUACGCGAUAAGAAUCUCUGUAAGAAUUCCUCGACGUGUUUGAAUCCAUCGUAAAAAUGAACACGUCGGGCAUGCCGUUUUACCGCGUCUGAUACGGUCGUUGUUACGUAUAUCCGAUUCCUUUCCAAUUACCACCGUUUGAAGAAAAAAAAAAAAGAUAAAUAAAUAACAAUCGAGCAUCCAAUUCAAAAAAGAAAGAAAGAGAGAAAAACAAGUAACAUUGUUCUACCUAAAAUAUACCUACUUACAUAUUUGUCGAAAUGAUCAUACUAUGUAACGUAUUAACGCAUACCUUAAUUACUAUACCUAUAUCCAUACCAUGUAUAACGUCGUGUGAAAGCGUAUCGUACUUUCUAUAAUUGAUUAUCUCAAGUUAUAAUUGGUGAACAUACCAUAGCUAACAUACCCUUUAAUAAUAUACAAAAUAUUCUUGGUAACAAAACAUAUUAUACUACAUUAUACAUACAUAUACAAUACACCUAUACUUAACGCGUCAUAUCCUAUAAUUAUCAUGUACCAUUAUUCGCUACGCACAUUUCGUACAAAAAAAGAAGAAAAAAUUAAAAAAAAAAAAAAAAAUACAAAAAAAAACCAAACAAAAUAAACAAAAUCGAAUAAAAUUAACAGACAUUCUAAAUUAUGCGUGAAGGCGAACGAGAAACUCUGUACAACUACAUACCUAUGUUCCAGACAUGCGUAGGGGUUUGAAAUUAAAAGCGAAAAAAGAGGAACGCUGUUUGCCGUUUUUUUUUUUUUUUUUUUUUUUGUUUUUCUAGUAGUCCGUGAAAACGAUUGUAGGCGAUGAGAAUUAAUACUCCGCAAACAAACACGGGUACAGACACACCGAUAGUGAGUUACGGCCUGCACAGUGUUAGACACGCGUGACAAUUGACCAUGCGCGGCAACGUGUUCGGUUCCAAUUAUUUCCACAAUGUUGAACAAGCUCGUGCCUACUGCUUAAUGUUUAUGGUUUUGUAUUUUUAUUUUCUGCUCGACCAUGUCUAUAAACGGUUAGUAAAAUCGGAAAUAUUAUACGCUAGGCGUACGUGAUUUGAACAAUUUAGUGCAAAAUUGCAACACUCGUAGUACGAAACUUCGUCAUUACGUUUAUGAUUAUUAAUUUAUACGUAACAUCAUCCGCAUUAUUGAUUAUGCCGCUACUAUGUGUGUAAAACUUGUUCCUUAUUAUCGCAAUCACACAAAUAGUCGUUGUUAUUAUCAUUCAUCCUCACAUUCUCAUUUUAUGCCUAUAAUUUCACUCGUGAUUAAUUAAACUUCUUUUACUAUGAUUGUCAGCGUUGUUGAUGUCGUUGUUGUUGUUGUUGUCGUUGUUGUUGUUGUUAUCAUCAUUAUUAUUAUUUGUAUAAUGUUACCACCGUUGCCAUUGUGAUUUAUUAAUAUUAGGAAUAUCAAUUUCCAUUGUAUAAAUUGUGCGUUUUAUUUUAAUAUUAUAUCGUGGUAUAUAAAACCUGCAGCUGUAUGUUAUACAUUAAUUGCAUAUUAAUAAAACUGUUUUCGGCAAGUUGUAAUUGAAAUAAUUCAGGUCUGAAUAGGGACUUUUUUCGCGUUUAAAUGGAUCAAAAAUAAUUAUUCAUGAGGUAUAUUCGCGUAGGGAUCACUGAUUCGCUCAGUGAUGGGGUGAAAAGUGUUAAUACGUUAGCAUCUGCACAUAUUAGACUCGAAGAACAAUUUGAAAGGUUAUUACGAUAGUUUACUUACGUUUUGUUUAUAGUGUAGUACAUCUGGUAAUUAACUUCUGAUUGUAACAGAGGAGAGACAAAAUUUAAGAUAUCACGUGUCUAAUUUGCGUAAUUACUACGAUAAAUGCUCUGCAAAUCAUUAUGUAUAAAUCACUGACGAUACUUUCUUUGUUCAGGGCAUCCGUCCUAAUUUAUUAUCUAAUCAGUUUCACUGCGAAUUUUAAAAUCUUGCCGCAGGUUAAUGGAAUGCUUAAGCUAAUUCACUUCACACUGCACUUAUGAUUUUUUCAUAAAUUUAACAUUGUUCGGUUCAUAUCGUUAUCAUCAUACCACCAAUCGGCAGAUUUGUGGAUUUUAAAUUAAAGAAAAUGUCAAAAAACUUUUUCCUUGCAGAAUAGUUGAAAUAAUGGUCCAGGUAUGAGCCUCACCAAACAAAAUUUCAGCUCUUGAAUAUUUUCAACAGCAAGGCUAAUUGUAAGCUAUUCUCGCUUCGAAUCAAUAUAAUGCAACUUUUCUGUUUUUCAACUGUAAGACUCAGUUCCAGAAUUAUCGGACAACUUCAAUCGAAGUAAAUUUUUCCGUCUGAAGAGAAAAUUCGGAUGGUAUAAUAUUACUGAUUGUGAGUUGAGUUUUUUACCUUAUCAGCGUAUAACAUGGUUUUCACACAGUCAAAUAGCCUCACACUCACCGGAUGUUCCUGUAAACAAGAGGGUAAAAAAAAAAAAAAAAAAAAAAAAAAAAAAAACGAUUGGACAACCACACUAAUGUACUAAGUCGUGAAAACUAUUUUCUAAUUUGAAAAUUUCAUUUAUUUCACACUAUUUUUAAGCACAAGCUUCCUCCAUACCUUGAGCAAAGGUAUUUUUAUAAUAAUGUUUAUAUGCAUCACUGCUUAUAUUUAGGUACAUAAUAUUUAAUUUUAUCCGUCAUAACAGCAGUCUCGCGAACGUCCAAUAACGUCCAAAAACUGUCACUUAUGCAGGUGCCCCGUGAAUGGAAUUAAACUAACCACCAUUUCACACACACACUUGUGUUACUUAAUUUUCAUUCCCAAUACGAAUAGCUACUGCUGACCAUUAGUAACUUAAUCUCCAUCCGAGGAAAUUUUCAACCGUAAAAUACCGUUGCAAAAGAUCGAGAGUCGAGAGAAUCCUGACAGAAAGAUAGCAGAUUUUCUGAAAUUUCCUGGAAAUUUAUAACUUUUCUAUAAAUGUUGAUUAAAAUUUAAGAAACUUUUUAUUCGUGCAUAAAUUUAACUGAUGAUAAAAUUAUUCAGUCAUAUGAGAGAAAUUUUAAAUUUGAUAGAUGUCUUAAAAACGGGUACACAUACAUUCAAGUGUCCGUCAGAAAAAUUUCAGCAUCUUUUUUAUGAGUAAAAGACGUAGAGACGUAAUUACGCUUUUUCGAAUAAAAAAACUUCACGAUUCCUAAGUACUUUGAAACAAUAUUAUUUCAUUCGUCACCGAAUAAUCCUCCAAAAUUUGGCUGGUUUCUAAACUUACAUUUAAGAUCUCUUCGUUUCUCCGGGAAAGUUGAAACGCUAUAUUUGUGGAACGACUAUCUAGUGAUAUUCUUAUUUGUGGAACAAAAGAUUUGAUUCAGCUAGUUGAUAAUGCAUUUACUCAAUCGCAUUUACGAUAUUGAAUUGAAUUUUACACGUUAAAAUCUAGUAUAUAGACGCUGCUAAAUAAAACGGGCAAAGAGAGUAAAAAAAAAAAUCUUGUCUCAGUAAAUUGACAUAUGAAUAAAGAAUGCAUGUGAAGCAUGUUUGUUGAGAUUGAAAAUUAUUUGCCAACUUCUCCUAGAGUAUAAACUUAAAAUACAGUGUUCGUGAGUUGAAAAUUUACCCUCAAAUUCACGGGAAACAAGGAUUUUUCGUAGGUAAAGGACAUCAGGGGAUGAAAAGGACAGAUUCUCUUAUAAUCGCAAGUUCAUGAUUUUGACACGUAACCGCAGAUAAUAUGAUAAAGAUUUUUUAUUUUCAAGAAUACGAUUUUUCGAGAGAAGUAGAGAUAUAGAAACUCCACAGAUAUCAGAGAAACCGUAAAAUUUUGAGAAAAAAUUAUAAAUACUGAAAUUUAUGUAUAUCCAAGACGGCAGAAAAAAUUCAAAACAGCUUUUGAGCGUGAUUCGAAUAACCAGCGAUCCUCCAAAAAAUUUCACAAAACGAAGUUCGCGCAAAAGUUACGCUAGGAUAUAAAAAUACGUCUGCUGGCAGAGGCCUAGAAGAGAAAAAUCCGAGCUUUCACUCCCGAACAAGUGAACGAGGGAUGUACCGAAAAACUUCGAUAUCAGGAGGAACGAAUUCGAAGAUUUAACACAGGAGCUUGGGCGAGUAAUUCAAUUCCCAAUUGCAAGCCUCACGGGGUGCCAUUUGCACCGGUCUAUCAUCGCCACUUAUCGGGCACUGCAAAGACCCGGCAAACCGGAACCCUGGAACUAGUUUGUCCCGACAAGACUCUGGGGAACCUUGUACCUACACUAAAACCUGCUCAAUUACGGUACAAUAGUCCCGUAUGGCUCCCCAUGGCUCAGCAUGAAACUCAUGUGAGUUUGAAGCCCUCUGAACAACUUGUACAACAUUGGGGCGAUUUCCCAUCAGCUCGUCUGCUCGUGACGAGUGCGAUCUCGGCUUUUACCCUCAUCGAAUUACCGCGGGUUCCGUAAUUAGCACAUCUGAUUAUUUGCUUCAGGUUCAAAGUUAGGGGUGGUUUCAAUUUCGACUAAUUAAUCUCACCGCGUUCGCCAAGUCGAUCGUCAAGUUUCAACAACGAGGUAUAUCGCACUUUCAUCGGUAAUGGGUUUACAGCUGGUCAUUUUUUCGAACUACGUUGCACCUUGGGAAAAUUACAGUUUCAACUCCCGGUAGGGCUUGGGAUGUGAUUGUAAUCGCCAAAGUCACGGGGUUCCGAAAAUAGACACCCUUGUAUAUUAUUUCUGACAACACUUGCACGUUAAACGAAUAAAAGAGACUCGGAAAACUCCUCUAUGGCUUGUAUCCAGUCAGACGAUAUUCGAAACCUGGUGAGAAAAUCCUGCUUCUCAUGAUUCAAUUCACACCGUCACGUUACAAUAGUAGAAAUGUAGGAUAAUUGGUACGAUCGCGUAUAGAGCAUAUAAACUAAAAAUGGUACGGCCACAUAAAAUAGCCCACCAAAAUCGUAGAUAUCGGCUUUUGAAUUAUUUAUCGACACUUGAAAGAAGCAAUCUCGUAAAAGACGAAGAACAAUUGGAAUGAAAAAGAAAAAAAAAAAAAAAAUUAAAGCACUUGAUUGCUGUACAAAAAGCAAGGAAUAGAGAGAUAAAAACUAUCGAAACAACAUGAGCUAUGUAGACAUAUUAACCGUGAACUUCGAAUACGAAUUUGAUCGAUUAUGACAUAUCCACGAUCUAUCGAUUCAUCAAAUAUCUGACCACAUAAUAUAUUUCGUAAAUUAUAAGUGCCUGAGAGUGAAUUAGUAAGUAUACAAUACACUUUUACGACGCAAUAAAGAAUUGCACGAAGCAAUAUAUGACGUAUAACGUUAUAUUGUAAUUAUUCUGCUGUUAAACACUGCGAACGGUAUGAAAAAUAUUACAAAAAUAACAAUUAUGUGUGCCCAGUUUGGUUAAUUAUCGCGAAUUGAGUUGACGUAGAAACUUGACUUGUUCGAAAUCGGUUGACAAUGUGUGUCAGUUGCAAAGAUAUCGACGACAAAACUCGCGAUCGUUAUUAUUACACUUACGUCGUCAUUCAAUAGAACCAUGUUCCACCAAUACAUCGAUGCAAUAUCAUCACGGUUAAGUAUUGUUAGUUCACGGUCAAUAUCCAAGUCCAUCGUCUAUAUAAAUAUGCCCUCCUCAUUCUCAUUCGCAUUAUUAUUACCACUCACGUUACGGGGUUUUUUCUAUUCGUAUAGAUAAUAUAAUAUAUUUUUGUUACAGUGAACGGUAUGGUGUACGAAAAAAAUGUAAAAAAAGCAAACAAAAAAAAAAAAAAAAAAAGAAAUAAACAAAAUCACACACACACACUAUAUAUUUUUUAAAACUGUACAGUAUACCCGUUGUAAUUUUAAAAAGGCAUGUAUAUCUUAGAAGAUAUAAAUUCAUGUUCAAAAAUAUCAUUGAGUACAGUUGAAAUGAGAAUUGCGUAAAAGCAUUCGCGCGCAAUUUUUAAUAAUCUAAUUUGAAAAUGCGGCACUUCGUUACGAGACGAAAAUUAAGUGUUCGCAUGUACUGCGUUAUAUGUAACGUUGAAAUUAAAUUAAUUUUUUUUUUUUUUUUCACUAUCUUAAAGUAGCUUCUAUAUGUAUUGUAUAUAUAUAUGUAACAGGUUGACGAGUUACGUAAUUAUACGCAAUUGAAUAAAAAAUUGCAUCGCUUGAAAUUGAAUAGCACCAUCCGUAUAUAAAUAGCUAUAUCAUUUGUAUUACAGUAGGUGUAAUAUGUAAGGCCUAAUUGUGACUUCUACGAUUCUAUUCAAUGCUUGUAAGACGGACGGCACGUAAAUUUAAUGGAAUAUUGAAUAACUUUUAACACUGUUCUAAGAUGAUUCCACGGAAAAGGAGUCUCAAGUUAUUGCAAACAUAUUUAACCCGAUGUCAAGAAACUCAUCAUCGAGUCAAAAUGUCUGAUAAAUAGUAUUCUAGAAUUGUAUUGUCGAAAAAAAUGAAAGAAAAAGAAUAGAUCGUCACAAUAAUAUACCUAAAUCAAGAAGAGACAAAACAAAAAAGAAGAGUGCUGUUUGACUUGUGUAACUGGUACAAAACUGUAAUUUAUAUAUGUAUGUGUACAAUUUGUGACCCAUUGCGUACGUAUAUAAACAUUGUAUGUUUAACGUGUAUAGCUUGAAAUUGUAUUACCCAUUAUCUGUGUAUAUAAUAUGUCUGUAUUUUCAUAAAAAAUAAUGUUAACAGAUGACCCGAGUAAGAUUUUGGAAAUAUUUCUGAUCAAUGAAUUGAAACAUAUAAUAAUAUAUAAUAUAUUAAAUAACGUAAGACGAUGUUCAAAGUAGAAGGGGACGAAAAUUGGUACAAUACAAUUUAAAAUGUCACUCGCUCUUACACUUGAUAAAUUAUACGACCUUGAAUAUAACUUGAAUUCAUUUCUAGCGGAAUUUUCUGUUUCAUUCUAUCGAACAAUUAUGGAGCAUACUGACAGAAUAAAAAACUCAUGCACGUGUAUGAAAAAAAAAUACUUUAACGAAGAUGCUUGAAAUAAAACGUAGUGGCUUAGGUCUUGUUCAAGUUUUAUCACGCAUGCAACUAGACGUAAGUUAUGUAUGACAAAAUGCAGAAGAAAAAAGAACGAUUCAAUGCUGGAUAUACAAUAUUUACCGUUUUGAGAUAAAACAUUAUUCUUGUGGGAUGAUAUUUCAAUGUAACGUUAGUUUCCAUAUUUAUGCAUAAUUAUCGACUUCGUUUCGAGUAAAUCAGAACAGCCUGGCCUCCAAUGAAUAAUAAAAAAGGUAAAUUGUACGAGAAAUACAGGAAAUGAAUAAGAUGGAUCAAUUCGUAGAAUCAAGAGUAUAGGAAACGGUUGAGCUGUACGUUUUGAGAGAGGAACGAUUGCGAAAUAAUUGUGCAGUAUUUGAUUAUGUUCGAUAAGGCAUCGAAACUCUCCGUAAUCUGCAUGCAUAAAAUUAUUAUCUUUUUAUCUCGUGUCACGAUUAGCUGGAAAAAAAUUUGUUAUACCCUGUGAAAGAAAUUACAGAACCAAAAAAAAAAAAAAAAAACAAGACAAAAGAUUUUAAUUAUAUGCCAAUGAGCUAAUCGUGAAGUUCGACUGGUUCAGUUUUGAUGUAUAGGAAAAAAAAAUCAACAUAUAUAAGAUACGUGUUACGUGGAUAUGAGAUGCUCAUCCAAUUAACAAUGAAAUAAUAGAAACAUAUUAGGUAAGCUAUUUGCGAACUGGAAGAAAUAUUGUAUAUGUAUAACCAUUUGUUGAUAAGUUACACUUAUAACGUGACGUAGCGUAAUGCAAAAGUUAUUUAAUAAUCAACUACACAGUGAUGUAACUAAGCUGACUAUAUUAUGAAAUAUAUUUCAGUUAUUAUAUAUUAUGCGUUACGUAGAUGCUGGAUAAUUUAAAUGUACGAAAUUCUAUCUAAUUCAUCGUGAUUGGAUGUGUAAACGGUUACAUGGUUUCACCCAACGUACUAGGCAUGAAUAUAUUUCUAUAUAUAUAUAUAUAUAUAUAUA